AUGGCCGCUACGGUGAGUGCAGGGGAUUCAGUAACCGUUUCCUCUGCGUCUUCACGACGUAACGUACUUAUUUCACCAGCAAACAAAAUACAGCCCUCACCCCCUCUCACCGAGUUUUUCUCUGCAUCAACUCCUGUGCCCGCAUCCGUAACAUUAUUACUGAGCUAUACCAGUCCUGCUAUUCAUGUCUUCCAUCGGUUGCUCCAACUUUUGACUUGGACUUCAGAUCGAUCAGUGAAGAGUUUCCUACUUCUCUUUGCUUGGUGGGGUAUUUGCCUCGGCACAGAGACUUUCCUCAUCUAUGGACUUCAUGGCGCGUUAAUCCUCUACAUUGGACAUUUAUGGAUCAACUCGCGCAAGGCAACCAAGAUUGGUUCAGAUAUUCCACAGAGUCCAGCCACGCCUCCAAAUAGCAAGAUUUCAAACAAAAGUAACGCUUCUUUGCUCUCUUCAAAGUUUGUUCGCCAACCAACAACAACACAGCUGGAGCAGGCAGCGACUCUGCGAGAAAUCCAAGAGAUUCUCGAUCACUGGGCGGCUUGGCAUCGGACACUGGAUAAGGUGGAGACAUAUCUGAACUGGUCAGAUAGAAGCAGGACGCGUUUGGUGCUUUUCUCAUUGGUAGUGACCUACGUUCCAUGGUUGAUUCUAAACUAUUUUAUCCCAAUGCGUUUCAUUGCGGCCGUAGUUGGAAGCGUGGCUAUCUGUUGGUGCGCUCCUUGGUUUGCAAUUAUUUGGGCAGUGUUGAUGAAACUGCAGGCGUUCUCACCUUUGCUGCAAUUGAUUCCGUACUGGCCAUAUCGUCCUGAAGUUACAGCAACUUAUCGAAAAAAGAGACGUGUCUCAGUUAAAGACAUCAUCUCUAGAGCCAUUGGACAGCGUAAGAAGAGUGACUCUGAGGGAUACAAGUCUUUCAAGACCAGUACUGGAUACGAUAUUGAAGAGGAUCAUGCCACCAUGUACUACAAAUUUGUACUGUAUGAGAAUCAGCGAUGGUGGUUGGGGCUUGAAUGGACGCCCAUGAUGCUUCCUAACGAUCGCUCCCCUUGGACGGAUGAUCAUCUAGAGCCGACACAGAGCAAGUCUUCAUUUCAGCUACCCCCACCCCACAUUGCUCAUGAGGCUAUCCCGGGCCAGCCCAACAAGGUCCUCCGAAAGUCACAGGAAUGGCGUUGGUUAGACCCACAUUGGCGUCUAAAGCUCGGUACUGAUUGUGAUGCAGACGGGUGGGAGUAUGCGAACAACCAUUGGAAAAAUUGGACCGGAAAGAGAAGUCGUGGAUUAUACACCAGGAGAAGAGCAUGGGAAAGAACAGCAAAACUGAUAGAUCAGCGUGAAAUCGUUUCUCUCGAAGAUGUUCAAGACGAAUUAUCAUCUGAGCAAGGGGGCGAAUCGGAGAAUGAGGAAGAAGAGGAAGAAGAGGAAGAAGAAGAGGUUGCUGAGAAAGAACAAAAAGAAAAGUAG